AUGUUCUUGCUGUGGAGCUCCGUCUUGCUCCCCAGCCUGGUGUCGUCCGAGCUCAUUCCUCUCUCCGCCAACACCAGCAAUGCCAUCCAGCAGCCCGUCGACGAGAGGCUUCAGAGAGUUGCCAUGCAGCAGCCCGCGGUGACGAUACAAGUUGAGCCGUAUAUGGGCUCCAGCUGGAGGACGGAGCUCAGGAUAAACCUUCCGCCCUCCGCCCAUCAGCCGACAUCAACGGUUCCUAGGACUCUGGUUGGCUGCCACAGCCCUUUCCAUGAGCUGCCGUUCCCCAUUCCUGACAACUACCGCCCCUCGAAGCAGAACAAGCAAGAAUGGCUUGCCGUGUAAGUUGGCACAUGCAGGGAGGGCGAGACACGCGUGCUAAGUUCCCCUCUUCUUGCGCUGCAGCUACGACCAGCUAUACGCGUUCGUCGACCUGCCGUACAACGACGUGACCGUUCCCGGUGUGCUCACCUUCAGCAAAGAAUUUCCUGAGGGAUUCUUCCCCCGCAAGCUCCGUACGCAUGUUUUGAUCUCACUGCAAGAUGGACCGUUGUGAUCCUUGGUGUGCGUGUCUGCGCUGUCAAGUUGCCUUCGACCCGAGCCAUAGGAAAGUGUACUAUUUGAAGCCACCCCAGCCUGGCACGGAGAACUGGAUGCUCGAGUUGAGCAGCGAUCGGCUGUGCGCGAAGGAGGACACUGAGCCCUGCAUGCCCGGUAAGCCACCACAGUCGAGGGCAGCUUGUUCCUGUUGGACAUCUUAGCACACCAUGUGUAUCUCAGGAACAUGGCCUCGUGCCGUACUGGGUGAGACGCAGGCCUGGAGGGUCGCCCGCUGCACAGAGACAGAAAGAGAGUAGAGAGAGUGUGUGUGUCUGUCUGUGUGUGUUUGUGUAUGUCUGUGUGUGUCUGUGUGUGUCUGUCGUCUCAGGGGGUCCCGUGCCGCACUACUGGCAAAUGAACAUUCUCCGAUUCGACCAUCUGUCCACGGGUACUCUUCUGUAUGACAAGACAGUCAUGUUUGUAAUGGUUCUUUUUUGCCGCGUGCUCACAGCAAAUGCUCAGCUGGGGUUGCCCUACAAUCAUUUCUCCGAAAUCAUCUUCCACAAUUGUCAUCGAGUAAUGACGGAUGCGGCAAACUCUUCCCUUUGACGUGAUCGCGCUUGCUGUGUGUAUGGCUUUCUGUCUGCCUCGUAGGACAUGUUUUUCAACGAGGAAGUGAAGCAGGUGGAGGCGGCCGACGGCCCGAUCUGGUACCAUCCAUCUAAUUACAACAUGUGGGAGACACUGAAAACGCUCAUCGCGCCUGGCGGGUAAGGACCUACACUGCACUGCAAACACCUCCGGUCCUUCAAAUCGACUUCAUGCAGGCACUUCAUUAACACGAUCUUCCCCUCAUUGUGGUGGGGAGGCGAGCCCAUGGAGGAGAGCACAUGGAAGCCGCCGCAGCGCUACUGCGCUCACCAUCCUACCUUUGGCCGAGCCAUGUGCUGGGGACAAGUCACGGGGGACGUCGAACAAGACUACUCCCAUGGCGCGUGGCAGGCAGCGAACUUCGACAACACAAUGCGGUUCCUCGAGGACUCGCACGGGUGGCGGCUCGUGGGAGGAAUUGAGAUGCGCGAUUCCCCAAAGUACCCCCAGUGGAAGCGAUUCGUCACGGCUUUCCAGCUCAUUCCUGAAGGGCAGAAUCCGGAAGGAUUUUCCAUAUAUCACGGCUUGGAGGUAAAUAGAUCAGAUCACCCUUGCCUACAGCGAUGUGUAUCUGUCGUGUCUCUUCAGGGAAGCUCGGUCGGAGGACCUGACCAUACCUAUUAAUGUCAAGCCAGAAUCAACGUAGCCACGAGCCACCCGUGGCUGGCAACACGGAUCAUUGAGAGGGGACGAGUGAACAGGAAGAAGAUGUGACAAACGAAUGGCCAACGUCCUGUGCGACGGACUGAAACUCAUCACUGAAAACUCUGCCUGCCGCACCACAUAAUGUAGGCAGAGAGACGUGUACACGGCUGGGUGGUGCGGGCGUGAGUGCUUCGAUAGAU